UAUGGUGUGGGUGCUCUAACCUGGUUUGUAAGCUGUAAAGGCCACCGAGAAAGAGAAAAAGAAAAAGAAAAGAAUCUCUUUGUCCAUGAGAAGGAAAAGUGACAUAUACAAGUCCACCCAGCAAAGCCUCGCCAUUAGUCUUCUCUUUCUCUCUCUCUCUAAAGCAUGCCCGCAUAAUCCACACUCACUCACUAGCAGUUGAGUUCAGGCCGCCGGAAUCUGACGACGCAUUUUGGUCUUACUUAAUUGCCGGAAAGUUGAGAACUCUACAUUUGAACUCAUCCAUCGGAUACUGUACUUUUACUUUGUAUCGGCUCUUUAAAGUUGUUUUUGAGAUCUGAAGUUGAAAACUUGAGACUUUUUAUUAUUAGACAGACAGAGGAACAGAGAUGUAUGUGGUUCCUCCUCCCAAGCACUCAGAUCCGAUUUCCGGACGCAUUAAUGAUUUACGUAUUUACCAGUCUUGGAAAGGCAGCAAUAUAUUUUUCUUCCAAGGACGGUUUAUAUUUGGACCAGAUGUAAGGUCAAUGCUGCUGACCAUAUUUCUUAUUGUUGCUCCAGUCACAAUUUUCUGUAUCUUUGUUGCUAGAAAAUUGAUGGAUGAUUUCUCUCAUCACUUGGGAAUAUCAAUUAUGGUUGUGGCUGUUGUCUUCACCAUUUACAUUUUAGUUCUUCUCCUGCUAACAUCUGGACAAGAUCCCGGCAUCAUUCCUCGUAAUUCACACCCUCCAGAACCAGAAGGCUAUGAUGGGAGUGCAGAUGGUGGUGGACAAACCCCACAGUUGCGCCUGCCUCGCAUUAAGGAAGUAUUGGUGAAUGGGAUUGCCGUGAAGAUUAAGUAUUGCGAUACCUGCAUGCUAUAUAGACCUCCCCGCUGUUCACACUGUUCAAUCUGCAACAAUUGUGUCGAACGAUUUGACCACCACUGCCCUUGGGUUGGGCAGUGUAUUGGGUUGCGGAAUUAUCGAUUCUUCUUCAUGUUUGUCUUCUCUACCACUCUUCUUUCUAUAUAUGUUUUUAGCAUUUGCUGGGUUUACAUUAAGAGGAUUAUGGAUUCAGAGGAGAUAACAAUAUGGAAAGCAAUGAUCAGGACCCCUGCUUCUAUUGCCCUAAUAGUUUACACCUUCAUAUCAGUGUGGUUUGUUGGUGGCCUCACCAUCUUUCAUUUGUAUCUCAUAAGUACAAAUCAGACUACUUAUGAGAAUUUCAGAUUUCGAUACGAUCGGCGAGCCAACCCCUAUCACAAAGGAGUGGUGCAAAACUUCAAGGAGAUAUUCUGCACCAGUGUCCCACCAUCCAAAAAUAAUUUCAGGGCAAAGGUGUCGAGGGAACCAGGGUUACCUCCAUCACUGGGUGGAGGUUUUGUUAGUCCAAACACGGGGAAAGCUGUGGAGGACAUAGAAAUAGGGAGGAAAGCGGUUUGGGGAGAUGUGGGGUCUGGGUUAGAUCACUGCGAAGGACAACUUAGUAGCAAUGAUGGCCUGAAUAUUAAGAAUGGUGGACUGGGUGAAAUCUCUCCAGAAAUAAGAACUACUGUAGAUGAGAGAGAUCGUGCUGGAAUGCAUCCAAGGCGCUCCAGUUGGGGCAGGAAAAGCGGAAGCUGGGAAAUGUCACCCGAAGUUCUUGCUUUGGCAUCUAGGGUUGGGGAACAGAACCGUACAGGUGGGACCAGUAGUAGCAGCUUGACAACCUCUAGACCCUAAUUGUACCCAUUCUGUGAUCUAUUAGGUGAAGAGAGUUAUUUGGUGAGUCUGAAGAUGGUUGUUUGAGGUCUGAUGCUUAGUGAUUCAACUUUCACAUUACUUUUCCGCAUUUUUUGGGACUUGCUUUGACGUGGUGUUGCAAGUGUUGGUUUGGCCAUUUGUGCCUAGGAAGGAAACGGUGUGGUUGUUCUGUUAAGAGUUUCCUUUGCUAGGUCAAAAAAUCUAGAAUUCAGACCGAGCAGGGUGGAACUAGGCUCAAGGAAGCCUACUUUAUUUUUCUUUGUAUUUAUUGUUUCUUUUUUCUUUUCUUGUUUUUGGGAACAUCCCUACAAUAGUCAAGGUUGAUACUUGUGUUUCAAAUUUCAGUCUUUGGACAAGUUGAUUUUAAAAAGGAGGAAGAUACUCACAGUGAGGACCAUGAAUCUUGUACCCUGGGUCAACCUCUGUAUGCUAUCUUGCUCUGCUCCUUGUAUCUUUAUUGGCUCACUUAGAGCAAGGUACCUGGCAGUGGAAAACUUUAUUAGAGAUGGACAAAGGUGAAUUGCGUAUAAAACAGAGCGAUCAAGAGGAGCCAGAGAUGCCUGGACAAUUACUUGAGAGCAGACACUCAGAGAGCUUAGCCUGAGAACUUGAGAAGGACUAGGGUGAAAGUGGGUGUCUGGUUGGAGAAAGGUUGAAGAGCAGACAAUGGUGAAAGAGAAUGUUAGGAAGGACUUGAGAUUAAUAUAAUGUUUGAGGGAGGUAAUGUUAAGUGCUUAUUUAAGAGCAGACUUGUGCUGGCCUUUUUCCCCCCUGUUAAUUGGAGUCCAAUAGCUACCUAAAAUUUAUGAGGUUUGGAAUUCUUUGGUA